AUGGCGUCCGGAAGCUUGUGCAUCUUGGGGUUUAUGCCGGGGUCCUUUGGGCCCGACGUCGGUUUGCUGCUUUUUCCCGAUACAAGCCAACCAACGUUGGCGAUGCUUGGGCUUUAUGGCGACAUGGGGCUCGUGAAUCCCCGCCGGCGCCUUCGUUCCCUUCCCACCUCAUGCCAGCAGCGCUGGCAGCGCUGGCAGCAGCUCCGGUUGCUCCGCUCCCUCCUCUCCCUCCACUGGUCACUCAGGACCAGCGACUAG